AUGGGCAAGAAGACAUCUCGCCCCGCGAGCAAGGUCUCGUCGGCCGCAUCGCCUGCCGCGGGCCUCUCGUCAAUCGGUAGCAAAUCUUCGAUCCUGCGAGCUGCAUUCUCUCCGUCGGAGUACCAAUUGGCGCUUUUCGCAUCCGUCAUCCAAGGUCUCGAUGCGCAGCACCUUCGCAUCCACGAUACCAACACCGGUCGACUACAGUGCGAGCAUGCACUGAGCCCGAAGGAGACAAUCACUUCGUUGGACUGGGGGUAUUAUGGAGGCCAGGGAAAGAGUCGCGAUCAGUCCAAGAAGAAGCGCAAGCGUGGAUCCGAUGUCAACGGUGCCGACGGUCUGGAGCAGGGCGAUAUUGUUGUUGCGUUCGGUACCAGCACCUCGGAUAUCCGCAUGUUCUCCCCGUCCGAGGACAAGAUUGUCGGCACCCUGACCGGCGCACAUGAUAAGGGUAUCAAGGAUUUCAAGUUCACUGCUGGAAAGCCCGCCCAGGAGGCUUGGAGUAUCGGAGGUGAUAACAAGCUUGUCCAAUGGGAUUUGCGCACAGGUCAAAGCAUUAAGACGAUUCACCUGCCCACAUCUUCUAUCUUCACUGCUCUCUCCCGCCCCGUUCCUUCUAACCAGCCCGUUAUCUGUGCCUCCCAAACCCCCUUCUUAAUAGAUAUGGAAAACUCCGACGAGCCGGCCAAGUUCCCCGCAAUGCGCAACCAGAUUCACACCGUCAUUUCUUCUUCUCAAGAGUCCGCUGGCACGGGCGCAUUCCUCGCCUCCGACGGCGAUCGAUUCAUCAACGUCUUCGAUGCCGGAGCUCAGAAGCUUGUGCGCAACCUCGUGGCCGAUCAGGAAGUCUCAUCAGUUUCUCUGAACGCUAGCUCCGCCGCUCUCGAGAAGCAAAUUCUGGCCGCCGUCACCGAAGACGGUACCAUCGAACUUUUCACGAAACCCUUCUUCCAGCCGCAGAAUGCGCAGUCCGGCAGCAGCGCCAAGGCUAACCGGAAACAAAUGACCCAAAAGGCCAAUGCCACUCUUAAGAUCACCCGAUCCGACUCCUCAGAUGCCUGCGUGCCGGUGGUAUCAACCCUCUUCAACGGCAAUGAGAUCAUCGUCGCCUACACUGAGGGCGGUGUUAUUCCCGUUUUCGAGCGCGUGAAGGUCAUCGACGAGACCACCGACAAACUCGCAUUCACAGGCGCCAAGGCCGUCGUGAAGAGCAAGUCAAGCCAGGCCGUUACCUCGGUUUCCUCAAAUGGCGCCAAGGGCUCCGGCGAGAGCCGUGUUGAUGAGAAGCACAUGGCCGUGGAGCAGGGUAACAUCCUGGACGACGAUAUCGAGAUGGGCGAAUCCCGCGACGACGCGGCAUCCGUCUCUGGAAGCGAAGACUCCGACAACGAAGACGUCGUCAAGCCCACCGAGAAGAAGAACAAGUCCACCAGCAACACCACCGCCGCCGCUGAAUCCGACGUCGAGAUGAACAACGCCGCAUCAGAUGACGAAGAAGAGGAGGAAGAGGAAGGCGCCGAGCCCUCGUUCGGCGAACUCAUGCGCGCAAACGCAGGACAGGAAGUUGACGUCGAGGCCGAACUCGACGACGACGUCUUGCCCGGCGCCCUGAUCCCCGGCAAACCCACAGUGGCAGUGCAGCAGAUCCCCACCGGCGUCUCAUUGGCGACUGUCCUGACUCAAUCCCUCAAGACAAACGAUAACGCCAUGCUGGAGUCCUGCUUCCACACUGGCGACACUUCCAUCAUCCGCACAACCAUCCAGCGUCUCGAGUCCUCGCUCGCGGCGACCCUGCUCCAGCGUCUCGCUGAGCGUCUCUCUUCCCGCCCUGGUCGGUAUGGACACCUCCUUGUCUGGGUGCAGUGGACCUGCGUCGCGCAUGGCGGUGCGUUGGCUGGGCAGCCUGAGCUGCUGAAGCGCAUGGCUACGCUGUACAAGGUCAUGGAUCAGCGGUCGUCCAGUCUGCCCUCGUUGCUGCUGCUGAAGGGUAAGCUGGAUAUGCUGGAUGCGCAGCUUGGUCUGCGGCAGUCGAUUCGCGGUGGAGACGAGGGCAUGGAUAGUGAAGAUGAGGACAACGUUAUUUAUGUCGAGGGUCACGAUGAUGAGGAGGAUAGUGAGACUGAGGCUAAGCCUCGGACGAAGUCUAUUCGUGACCAGGCCUUUGACGAGGACGAGUCUAUGAUGAAUGGUAUCGAUGAGUCGGAGGAUGAUGAGGAUGAUGGAAGCGAAGACGACGACGACGAUGAGGUCGAUGAUAUCCUUGACGUCGAGGCGGAAGAGUCGGCUGGUUCUUCCGAUGCUGAGGAGUCUCUUGAAGAGAACGAGGAUGAUGAUGAGGACAGCGAGGGUUCGAUGGUGGAUUUCGUCGCUGAUACUGAGGAAGAGGGAUCCGAUGAUGCUGUCGAGUCUGUGCCGCCGCCCACGAAGAAGCCCAAGACGGGCGGAAAGAAGAAGGGUGGUAAGAAAUGA